AGCGCCUCGGCGUGGCCUCGCAGGGUUGUGUUGAUCAUCCAAUUGUUUUGACAGAAGCAGUGUGCAAUCCUCUGUAUUCAAGACAAAUGAUGUCAGAGCUCCUCUUUGAAUGUUAUCAAGUGCCAAAAGUGUCCUAUGGCGUAGAUAGCUUGUACAGUUUUUACCACAACAGAAGGCAGAACUGGCCCUGCAGUGGUUUGGUGAUAUCUUCAGGUUAUCAGUGUACGCAUAUUUUGCCGGUCUUAGAAGGCAGGUUGGAUGCUAAAAACUGCAAACGUAUUAACCUUGGAGGGUGUCAGGCAGCUGUAUAUCUGCAACGCCUCCUUCAGCUGAAGUACCCAGGACAUUUUGCUGCCAUCACUCUCAGUCGUAUGGAGGAAAUAUUGCAUGAGCAUAGCUACAUCGCAGAGGACUAUAUAGAAGAGCUACAGAAGUGGCGGUCCCCAGAGUACUACGAGAACAAUAUGCACAAGAUGCAGCUGCCUUUCUCUAACAAACUGCUGGGAAGCACUCUGACAUCAGAGGAAAAGCAGGAGAGGCGGCAGCAGCAAUUACGUCGACUUCAAGAACUCAAUGCACGUCGUCGAGAAGAGAAGCUGCAACUUGACCAAGAGAGGCUGGACAGGUUACUGUAUGUACAGGAACUUUUAGAAGACGGUCAAAUGGAUCAAUUCCACAAAGCUUUGGUGGAGCUGAACAUGGACUCUGCAGAAGAACUUCAGUCUUACAUCAACAAAUUGAGUCUGUCUGUUGAACAGGCGAAGCAGAAAAUCCUACAGGCAGAAGUCAAUAUUGAAGUAGAUGUUGUGGACAGCAAGCCAGAGACUCCUGAUUUGGAUCCAUUAGGCAGUGAACAAUCACUGGAGGAUGUGGAAAGUAUUAAUGAGUUUGAACCUUUAUUUGCUGAGGAACAGCCUGAAGUUGAGAAGCCUGUUGCUGCAGUGCAGCCCGUGUUUAACCUGGCAGAGUACCACCAGCUUUUCCUUGGCACUGAAAGAAUCAGGGCUCCAGAGAUUGUCUUCCAGCCCUCCCUGAUAGGAGAAGACCAGGCUGGUGUAGCAGAAACCAUGCAAUAUGUCCUUGAGAGGUAUUCAAAGGAGCAACAAGCUAUUCUUGUCCAGAAUGUUUUUCUCACUGGUGGAAAUACAAUGUACCCUGGACUGAAAGCCAGAGUCCAGAAGGAGCUCCUCGAAAUGAGGCCGUUCCAGUCGUCUUUUCAGGUUCACCUUGCUUCCAGUCCUGUUUUAGAUGCCUGGUAUGGGGCUAGGGAUUGGGCAGUGGAACACAUGACCCGCGAGGAAGGCUGGAUAACCAGAAAAGACUAUGAAGAAAAAGGGGGAGAAUACCUCAAGGAACACUGUGCUUCAAAUGUAUAUGUUCCCAUUCGCCUUCCAAAGCAGGCCCCACGGACAACAGAGGCAUUGGCACCUAGCAGAGCGCUGACAUCCAGCGCAGGCAAUCCUUGUGAGUAGGCAUAGCACCGUGCCUUUGUCGCAGACCCUUGGAUGGAGAGAACAGUGCAGGCAAAAGAAGAGUUACCGGGUUGCAGAAUGAGCUGUGUGUGGAGCGCAGGCUUCAGCCUGGCCUUACUGGCUGCUGGGAGAGCACUAAGCAUCUCAUCCAGUCACCUGGACGAGGAGGAGAAGCCACACUGGGGCGUCGGCUGGAAAGGUCGUAGCACUUGCAAUGCUCAGUGCUGCUCAAGCGUAGCACAGGAGUAUGCAUCAGCAAGGAGGAAAACAACAGAAAUGUGUUCCAGAGAAAAAUACCAUCUUACAAACUUUCAUAGUAAGACUCAGGGUUUUUUAAGAGUAUAUGUUUUACAGCUUUUUUUAUUUAAUUAAAAUGUGCUGGGUUUGUACCGCUUUUAUUGCGUGAUACAGAAGCUGAGCUUGUAUCAAGCGAGUCAGUCCAGCAGGUGUCUCCCGCGCUCAUCGCGGCGAGCAUUUGUCAGGACCUGUUGGUCAGGACACAUUGUACUGCUGGAGGCUGGAGGGGCUGAUCUGUGCCUCUCCUCCUGAGGCCUCCUGCUCUUGCGUCUUGUUUGAUUUCCUUCCUGCUACACGCUUUCUGCUAAACCACUGCCAAGUAAGUGGUGGGAUUUCAGAUACUUUUUGACUUCAUUUAUGUCAUAAUACUGAUGUCUUAGUUGAAACUGGAGACCUGGUCACAUAAAGCACUGUCCAGCUAUAAAGACAGAACCCUCCAUAGAGCGCAGUCAAGAAGGACAGCCAAGUCUUGUGCAGUCCUUAAGUGGUUUUACACGAGUGGUGGCUGAGCAAGGCAGCUCUUGACUGAUGGGACUUUUUUAUCAAAAGUUGUUUUAGCAGUAAAGCAACCUUUUUGCUUUACCACCACCAUGUUUUUCAGUGAUUUGAUCUCUUUAAAGAGUGCGGCGAUAAGGAUACAUUUGAUUGGUUGUACCUUGCUGAAAAAUGCAGGUUUGCAGCCAGGCCUCUGUCCUGCUGCACAGCGUACUCUAGCUUAAAUUUGACUGGGGAUUCAAUUCUCACACAGAACAGCUUGCUAUUGCUUUCCCAAAAGAAUGAUCAAUACUAAAUGCUGAACUGAAACCUAAACAGACUCCAUCAGUUUGGCAAGAGCUGUAAAGCAUUAGGCUGGAAAAACGGUAAGACUAUGGGGAAAAUAUCCAGACCAUAACUGUUAUAAAGAAGGUGAAGAGGGGGUGGCUUACUGUCCCCAAGGGCUGCAGAGCAUCAGGAUGAGUUGUCAUCUGGCAGGUUCAAAACAAAGGACACGAGGUGCUUGUUGGUGUUGAAGUAAGGAGUUUGUUGCCACAGGAUGCGAUACACGUAUUUCUGGGUUCAAAAAGUAUUACCCAUACCUACGUUCUAAAAAAAGAAAAAUCUGCCAUCAAACACAGAGGUCUCACCUGUGUGUAGGAGGUCCUGCAGUCGUGUAUUCCUCGGUGAGCGUAUGAGGGAAAUGCUACAGACCUGCUCUCGCAUAUGGUUCCUGUGGCACCCAGCGCUGGUUGCUCUCAGGUGGGAUACAGGUCUUGGGUGGACCUAACAGGCUGUUGGGCAGGGGGAGGAGGAGGAGGAGAAGGGAGUUUGCCUUCAGGUAACCUCAAGUUUGGACUAUUGAUCCUAUCCCUAGCUGCCUGGAAGGCGUACUAAUUUUCAGGACCAUUAAGGCAAUUCUAUGGGUGGUAAAGAAUGUGGAAAAACAUGCCUGUGCUGAAACACAGCAAAGCGUCACCCCAUGGAAAUGUCUCUUCUGAUCUCUGUUCAUAUCAGUGACCUGGAGUAGAGUAUGUGAUGUGCCCCUGCUAUUUGACCCCUUUCUGACACAGCUUUAGCUGUAAUGGCAGAGUGGCUACUCAAGAUACAGAAAUCAUUCUGAUAUUUGGGGUUGGUUGCUAAAUAGAUAAGAGGGUGUUGUGGGUAAAACUGUUCCAGAAUGAAGGCCUGACAGGGUAUCUGUAGUGGAUGGCUAUGUUGCUUUUAAAUGUUUGGCCAAAUUGUGCUAACCGCUUCACUUGCAUUAAUUCAAAGCAGAGCUGUCUAAUUCUGAACAGAGAUGCCAGAUCAGCUGUUUAAACGGCUUCAGGGAAGCAUAAUUUUAUAAUCUCCUAAAUAUUAGCUGUUUAUUUGUUACUUUAUCCCCACAAUAGCUGGAGUAAGUAAUGAACUUGGACAACAUGAUCAGUCACAGGCUGUUCUGAAUGUGCUGGUGGACAUUCAGUUGCUUGGAGUAGCACCAUGAAAAGCGUGAACGUUGCAAAAUGGGAUUAAUUUUAUCCAUUAAAGUUCAGUUCCCCAACAUGAUUUGCUGUGGUGCUAUGUGAGCAUCGGUGCUGGCAGGGGAAAAAUGGAAAGAGUUGCGUGGUGCUGAGUGUGGGAGGACACAACGGUGUUAUUUUUGACAGUAGUGUUUGUCGGAGUCCUUGCGGAGCUCUGCCAUUGUGACACUUUGUGGCAAGGUUUUCUCAUACCCCUGUGCGGAAUUUGGUGGUUUUCCAUAUAAUUGGCACAGGGGUCACCAAACCCAGAAUGGUCUUGGGCUCUUCCUUCUGUGCAUUGCCUUAUGCCAGGGGAGCAGAACGGUAAUGCACCUUCUUGGCUCCUUUUUAAAGGGGCUUCUGGUUGUGUGAGGAGCGGUAGGAGGAAUUGUUACGACAAGAAAACUACUGAAA